GAGCUAGCAUCCAACGAAAGGCACUUAAAAUAGACAGCUACAUAGAUGCGCCAUCACCAGGGGAAGGACCCCUGAAUUCACAACGCGCCGGAAGUUUAAGGUAUCGGCGGCAGAUGAGUUCUCCUAAGCUUUUAAGGAUAAUAGAAAAUUUGAAAACUUCCAGGGAUUGAUACAGUUGAAUGUGAGUUCCGGAAUUCUGUUUAUUUUUAUUUUUCUCUCCUAUAUGGUUUUCCCAGGCAGUUUAGUACCCAGGAACGCAGAGAAGAUAGCUCUGCUGAACGCAGACUGCUCCCGCUUAGACAUUGGCCAUUGCAAUAUGACUCUUUUUGUUAGUUAACAUAUCAGUACUGCACAAAUCCGGACGACCGGUAGAUGGCAGCAAAGAAAGUUUCUUGUAUCUCUGCCAUCUUCUGCAGGUCGUGUGGAUUCUUGCAACUCAGACAUGUUAACUUUAUUUUUUUGAGCUUUGAUGGAAGAGAAGAUGUAGAUACAGAAAAUGUACCAGUUCUUUAAGUUGAUUGGUUGGCAACCUUUUGCUUAUUUUACUUUUUCACCAUGGUUUUCCCCAAACAAAGUGAAUAACUGGAUUAUUAAAAUAAACGGAUCAUAUGUGUCUUGUUCCCAACAGCUGUAUUAUAAUGGCCUCUUUAAGGGUGCCUGUCAUUGAUGUCCAGGAAGACAAUUUCAAGGAGCUCUGGCCAUCCAUGCUUUUGGCUAUCAAAACUUCUAGCUUUAUUGCUGUUGACACAGAACUUAGUGGCCUUGGAACAAGGAAGAGUUUGCUGAAUCAGUGUAUUGAAGAACGAUAUAAAGCAGUUUGCAAUGCUGCUAAAACACGCUCUGUUUUGUCUCUUGGAGUUGCUUGUUUUAAACACCUUCCUGACAAGAUAGAGAACACAUAUCUUUCCCAGAUCUACAACUUGACCUUGCUGUGUAUGGAUGAUUAUAUAAUUGAACCACAGUCAGUGCAAUUCCUGGUGCAACAUGGCUUUGACUUCAACAAGCAAUAUUCUCAAGGCAUUCCCUAUCAUAGGGGCAAUGAUAAGGAAAAUGAAAAUCGGAGUCAGACAAUUCGUACUUUUUUCCUGGAAAUAAUUCGAGCAAGAAAACCUAUCAUUCUGCACAAUGGCCUAAUUGAUUUAGUUUUCCUCUACCAAUGCUUCUAUGCCCACUUACCUGACAAUCUGGGCACUUUCACUGCUGAUCUUUCAGAGAUGUUCCCAGCCGGCAUUUAUGACACGAAAUAUGCCUCAGAAUUUGAGGCACGUUUUGUAGCUUCUUAUCUAGAGUAUGCCUAUAAGAAAUGCAAACGAGAAAACUUCAGGUUGAAAGACUCCAAGAAACCAUAUCUCAGCAUAGAAUUCUGCAGCUAUCCUGCCAGCAUAGAUGCCUAUGUUGAAUACCGGUUUUGCUCUGUGGCUGAUGUCAGCCAGGCUCAAACUGACAUUGCUAACAAAAUUGUCAUCUGCCAGCCAUUUUCGGCUUAUGGCUGGUGCCCAGAUGGGUUGAAAUGUACACAAUCUCACAAUAUUGAUCUAAUAAUUAAUGAGGAUGAGAAUCAGAAAGAAGCGAAGCGGAAGACAAGAAAACAGAAAUGGAAACGGCGGAAGAACUUAGCAGAGUCGACAAAAGUUGAACUGAGCAGCCCCAUGAAUGAUGUAAAGUUGGCUUGGGAUAAGGAAAAAGGUUCCCCUUCCAAACAGUCUUGCCCUAGUAACGUGAUUGCUCCUAUUAUAGAUAGUGCAGAUGCAGAAAGAGUGUCUGGUAAUGGGGACACUUCAAUGGAUGUGGAACAAGAACUAGUUUCUGAUAGUGCAGUUGAUACCAGUGUUGAUGGGAAUGCUGCCAUUGCCACAGACAAUGAGAAUAUCAUUUCUUCACCAUUCAAAGACUUCCAGCAGGAAAAGGCAAUGGAAAGGGAAGGAGCAGAGCCAAAAGCCCAGUUACAGAGUGAUUCUGCAGUGACCUCUUUGCCUGUCACAGAUAACGUAGCACCAUCUAAUUGUUCACGAGGGAGUAUUCACCGGGCUGGGUUUGAUGCCUUCAUGACAGGCUACAUAAUAGCAUACAUCCAGAUGCUCAAGAAAGAUAAACAGAGUGACUCAAAUGAUGGGCCUUGGUUACCAGACUGCCACAACAAAUUGUACCUUAGUGGAAAGUCUGUGCCUCUUCAGAUUGUGAAAAGUUUGUUUUCUAAAUCUUCUAAAGCCCACAACCAAAAGAUGAAAUUGGUAUGGGACAGUAGUUAGAAAUAAAUACCAUACUGCUCAGGAUCACAGAUAAUGCUACUACUAUCGUUUUCUUGAAGCCACAAUACUCAAACCAGAGCUGCUAGAGACAUUAAUGAGACAUGAUAGAAUAUGUGCAGCAGCCUGAAUGGAUUAUGGAUUUAUUUUUAAAUGUUUGUAAAAAUUAUGUACGUAUUAAAUUUUCCCUUUGGGAAUAGAACCUUUA